AUGCCAAAUCUAAAACCAACAACUAGAAUUGAUGUUAUUGGCAAACUUGACUUGAGUCCCGAAAAACAACCUGGAUUCUAUAUAGAAUCUAAACAGCAGAAGAAAUUUCUCAUAAAACCUCCUAACUGGGAUACUGUGGGAACUGAUAGCAUUGAACUUCUAGCUAUACAGAAUGAACGAGAAUAUCAAUCAAUGCUUAAACUUCAACAGGAGAUGCUUGAAAAUGCCAAACUUCAAGGUGAAAUUAAUGCCAAACGUGUCGACGAAAUAUACGAAAUGCAAUUGAAGCUUCGAAAACGUUUUGCAGAAGUAAAUGAAUUUAUGAAAGAAUGCGAAGAGAAAAAACGAAUAGCUCAAACCAAAAUCACUGAAGAGCAAGAAAAACAAAUGGAAAUGAAAACUAAAAUCGAAGAAUUCAAAGCGGACAUAUCGAUUCUAGCUGAUUUUCGAGAUAUAAUGUCGCAAACUGUUGAACGAUUUGAGCCAUAUGAAAAAGUCAUCAAUGAAGUUAUUGCAAAAACAGAUGCAUGGAGUUCGGUGAAAGAUUGCACUGAUAGGUGUGAUGCUUUGAUGCUAGCUCAAAAGGAAAUAGCUGAAAUGGAGAAAGAAAAAUAUAAAGACAUCGAAUCGAAAAGAGCUGAAAUGGCGAAAAUUUCCAGUGAGGCAGCUUUAAAAGUUUUGGGGUACAUGAACGAAUUAUCUCAAAUGGAAAAAGAUUACAAUGCAGCACGAGCUGAUUGUUUGAAAUGGGAAAAAGUUUUAGCUGAUGUUAAAGAUUGUAUUGCAGAAGAUGAACUAACGAAAAAGAAAAUGUUUGAUGGAAUUCAACUUAUGUAUCAAGAUCUAUGCAAGAGACGAGGUAUAAAUCCAUUUCAUAAGAAACUCAAUAUUGAAAAGCAAUUGGAUUUUAUAAAGGACGAAAUUGAAAUAUUACAGAAAGUGGUAGCGGGAUGCAGACCAAAAUAGAUACAUUUUGCAUUAAAAGUUUGUUUUUAGUGUACCUACUUUGUAUUUAUUUAAAA